UCGGGCAGGAGUGGGAGGAUGUCCUGUGUCAUUUUGCUGUGCAGUUCGAGGGACUGCAGCCAAAAAAAAGGGGGAAAGAAAAGAGUAAAGUCAGCAAGGCUCCAGAUGUUGCUAUGAGGAAAGGAGUCAGCAAUGACUGAUGUGGAGCCUGUGGUCACAGAUUUUGCAGCAUCAGGACGGGCAGGCCGCCGAAACGCCUUACCAGAUAUCCUGGGCUCUCCUGCUGGUGCUGGGACUUCAGAGUUGCCACACAAACUGGCUGAGCUCUCUGUUUCAGAAGAUGCAGGAGCAGAGGGUGGAGAAGUGUCAUCAUCCAAGGCCUUGCUGGAAAGUCAAGAGGCGGAAGGAAAACGCAAUGAUUCCUAACACCUAAGGACUUCUGGGUUAAUGAAUCCCAUCAACAGCCUUCCUAGUUUCCCUGUGUCACCCCUUCUGAAGUGUGGUAACAACUUUAGCAGCACAGACAUGACUUUGCAAAACACUUGUACCUAGAUGAUUAUGCAGAUGGCAUACAGUUCGUUCUAAUGUCAUCCUUCAAAAGCAAUGUUCUGCAUAUCCAAACAGAAAGAGAGCUAAAGAAUGUAUCUCCUGUUUUCAGUUUUCUCUCUUGUUUUGGUUAUAGUAUUCUUCCUAACUAAUCUUAUUUAACAGUUCAUCUAAUUCAUGGUUUCAAAAUCAAAAUCAUGUUUCUAAUUUCCAAAACCAACUUAUUUCUCUCUGACACAGAGGUUCACUCCCCGCAAUGUGAUACUAAGUAUAUAUUAGAUUACAGACAUUAUCUGUAAUUUAUAUCCGGAGAUUUUUGUUCUCAUUAGACAUAUGUAGAUGGGUGUGAGAAAAAAAAAAUAAUUACAUAAAAUAAAAUUUUCUCCUACUCCUGUUGCCAGAAAGUUUUAUAGACUAUUUAAACAUCAGUGUUUGUUUUCUCUUCUGACCUCUAUUUGAUUAUGGCAGAUCAUCUCAGUUCUCCCACUCUUUGCAGUCUUGCCACUUUGGCCAUUCGUUUUCAUGCUGAAUAUUGUAGCUGUUCACGUGUAUCUAACGUAAAGUAGGUAUGUUUGUAUCUGAUGAAAAUUGUUUAAUCUCACUGUGGAAAUUAAAUAUCUAUCAUCUUUUC